AUGUACUCCUACACCGCCGCCACCCUCGCCUUCGCGUCGCUAGCCCUACGCGCCAGCACCGUCGCCGCCGCCGACGACUUCUCCGACUGGGCCUUCGGCAACAUGUUCGCGAUCGGGCCGGCGUCAAACGGCGCCACCAUCGCCAAGGCGACGUACAGCCUGGUGCCGCCGCCGGUGCCGUGCGGCGGCGGCGAGGGCGACGGCAACUCGUUCAUGAGCAUCUGGGUCGGCGUCUCCACCUCGACGUCCGAUAACGAUACCCCGCUCGUGCAGCCCCUGCUCAACUGGUCCCCGAACCAGGAGUCUCAGGGCUGCCCUGCGAGUGUUGAGGAGUGGUGCGUUGCGGCUAGCACGUUCUACCCCUCGGGCCAGGUCCAGCAGGACUACGUCACGAUCCCCAAGAAGGGCACGGUCGACUUUGAGAUCGACGCCGAGUCCACGGAAAAGAUCAUCUCCAAGGUCUGGGUCAACGGCGAGAAGGUCUCGGAGCAAACCGACACAUCACUAACACCCACCGCAGAGGCCCCGCUCCCGACCUACUUCUUCUCGAGCAACGAGUGCUACCAGAACGUGUGCGGCAGCCUUAACAGCCACGAGUGGACCGACAUCGUCAUCACGCUCACGGAGGCGGAUAAGAGCUUUGGCGACACGCUCGAGCUUACCGGCGCGACGUCCGAUGGCCUUACCACGUCUGAUGGCGGCAAGACAUGGACGGCGAAGAGCAUCAAGAUUAAUGGCGAUGUGUUCCCCCAUGGGGGGAAGGAGCAGACUUGUAAGGCUUAGGUGGUGGAUGGAGUUGUGGGGUAUGUGAAAGGGGUGAUGAAGUGGCUGUGGAUGUAGAGAUAGGUGAGCGAAUUUUUGCCUGUCUGGGUGUGAUUCUGUUUUGGCUUAGUGCGUGCGUGAAUGCGUGAGCAAUCCGCGUGGUGGGG